UCACAUUCUAUACCCCUUUACCAAACAGUCUACAAAGGAAAAUCCAAUGUUGAAAACAAUGAGCUCACUCAGUCUCCUCCAUUGAUCUCUUCUCUCUGCAAUGGCCAUCAAUUCUGGUUUGGGUUUUGUGUUCUUCCUAUUGUUAUGCACCACCCUUCUGCACUGCUUUUAUAUUGGACAUCCAGUAGAAGCUGCUGUAGUUACAAUAACAGACCCACAAGAAGUUAAAGCACUGAGAAUUAUAGCAAACAAACUGCAAAAUAAAAAGUGGAUUUUCAGUGAGGAUCCUUGCAGUGGAAAAGGAAGCUGGAACGCCGACCAGGAAAAGGAUACUAAAAAUAUGGUCAUCUGUAAUUAUACCUCAGAGGACACCAAAUUUCACCAUGUUACCCAUAUAUUUCUGAAGCGUCAGAACCUGACUGGGGUUGUUCCAGCGGAGCUAGCCAAUCUCACAUACCUCCAAGAAAUUGAUUUCACUGGCAAUCAUCUUAAUAGCUCAAUACCAUCAGAAUUGGGAUCAUUGCGUCAUUUACUAAAUUUGGCACUUGGCAUAAAUAAUCUUUUUAGUCAUAUUCCAAAAGAAAUUGGAAACCUUGUGAGUUUAAAGAAAUUGGACUUAGUUUCAAACAAUCUAUAUGGACGACUACCAAAAUCACUUGUAAAUUUGACCAACCUUGAGAAAAUGGAUGUUCGAAAUAAUCUAUUCCAUGGGAAGAUACCUAAAAUAUAUUCUCGUUUCUCUCGGCUGAAAGAAUUUUAUGCAAGUAGCAACAACUUUAGUGGUAAAAUACCAGAUUUCAUUGGAAAUUGGAAAACCAUUAAAAAAUUGAGACUGGAAGCUUCUUCCCUAGAAGGUCCAAUUCCUCCAACCUUUUCAAGUUUGAGUCAAUUGAGUGAAUUGAUGAUAUCUGAUCUAACUGGAGCUGGAUCAAAUUUGUCAUUUAUGGAAAAUCUGAAAACACUAAAAACAAUAGUGCUAAGAAAUGCCUUAAUUUAUGGAAAAAUUCCAUACUCUAUUGGAGAAUUCAACAAUCUAAAAAUAUUGGAUUUGAGAUUCAAUAGUUUGACAGGAUCAAUUCCUCCUACAUUAGAAAAAAUAAUAAAUGCAAAUAUACAAUAUUUGUACCUUGGAAACAACAAUUUAUCUGGAAAACCUCCAGCAUGGUUAAACAUAAUUGAAUAUGUUUUCUUACUUGUGCAUCUGGCGGAUAAAGAAUCAGGUUAAAAAAUUUGAUAACUGCAGAACACUGAUUCACCCCCCUCUCAGUGUUUAUUGAUUC